AUGAUAUUCCGGUGUCUAAAAAUAGCUAUUAAAGAUUUACUGGAAGAGGCUGAAGCCAAGAAAGAAUUAUCUGAAAAAGAUGAUGACUUUGUUGAUUCAAAUCAACGAAAAAAAGCUUCAAAGAAAAGAUCAUCUGCUGGCAGGAAGUUGCAAGAAAGUUACUGCCAAAAGAACGCCAAGUGCUUAAAGAGGCGAUCAGCUCGAAAUACACAACGGAAAAAAUAUACCGAUGAUGUGCUAUUGCGUUUAUCAGAUGAUGAGUUUUCAAUGGCAGCCCCUAAACUUGAAAGGGAUUUGGAUGACUUAAGUUUUGACACUAAAGAUCCCAAUAAGACCGGAAGGAACACCGAAACCGAAUUAUAUAUAUCAAAGAAAACCGAAAAUAUCCAAGAAGUCAAUGAGGAAACUCCAAAUGAGAGUUCUGAAACGAAAGAAGCAAAUAAGAGUAAUGGAGAAAAUAAGCAACAAGAAAAUGUUGAAAAUAAAAACUCAAAGCCAGUGAUGGUGGAUGUGGAAGAAUAUUUUGUGAAAUAUAGAAACUUCUCAUAUUUACAUUGUGAAUGGAAAACUGAAGAAGAGUUAUAUAAGGCUGACGAGAUGGGUCUGGGAAAGACUAUCCAGAGUCUUACGUUUGUUAAUGCUGUGUGGGAAUAUGGAAUACGAGGGCCCUUCCUUAUAAUAGCUCCUUUGUCUACUAUUCCUAAUUGGCAAAGAGAAUUUGAAGGGUGGACUGAAAUGAAUGUUGUCGUAUAUCAUGGAUCUCAGCCAAGCAAAAAGCAUGAUCCAAGAAAAGGAGCAGCGUCAGCUGCGAACAUUCCUAAUUUAAUGAACACAAUGAUGGAGCUUCGGAAGUGUUGUAUUCAUCCAUAUCUCCUAAACGGUGCAGAAGAUCAAAUUCAAUUUGAUUAUAAACAAGCCAAUGGUGAAGAUAAAAAAGAAGCGUAUUACAAAGCUAUUAUUCAUUCAUCUGGUAAAAUGGUUCUAGUUGACAAAUUGUUGCCAAAACUAAAAGCUGGAGGUCAUCGUGUUUUAAUAUUCAGUCAAAUGGUACGAUGUCUAGAUAUUUUAGAAGAUUAUCUUGUUUUUAGAAAAUAUCCUUACGAAAGAAUCGAUGGUCGAAUAAGAGGCAAUUUACGUCAAGAAGCUAUAGACAGAUUUUUCAAAGCCAGACUCAGAUAG